GAUGUAUAUGUUUCAAAAUGUACUUUCCAAUAGGUUGGCCCAAAGUUCUCAAAAAUGUUGGUGCAGAUAAUCAAAUUAUAAAACAAAUCGUGUCUAAUAGGGAUAAAAUAUUGUUUGCUUCGUUAAGCGAUGACUGUCUCACAGUGUGGUUUUGUAAGCCAACUGUGCCAAUAGUGUAUCACAAGAGGAGUGUGGAAUCUCUGCAGAGGCUUGGAAUCAAUGUCGGAGUAGAAUGGAAGCCUGAUUCUUCAAUGAUAUGCAUCUCUACAUCAGAAGGCCACCUGAUUCUAUACAAUGUGGAAGCAGCGAGUGAGCAGACAGCUUAUCAGCAAUAUGACCCUCCAACGGCUAGUCUGCGCCGGGAUUCAGCAGAGUUAUUUGUGAAAGAAAUCAUACCAUCACUACACAUCACUUUGUUGAAAGAAAUUUUAAUAUGGGACGGUCAGAUAACUCGUAUGUGCUGCAUAUCGGGCACUGAGAUUCUUGUAUGCACGACACGAGCGCACCUGCUGCGGUAUAGAUGGGAUGGGACUCAGAAUCGGGACUACUGCCUUGACCUCGGACGGAUACCCUUUUCUAUUAAUCAGCAAGUUUCAAAAGCGGAACCGAUCCUAGAAGAUAACACGCACGUGAACGACAUAGAAUAUUCGCCGCUAGUGUGUGGGUUCGGAAUCACGUUGAAUGACGGCCGCGCAGCUUAUCUCACAGCACCUAAUCUCAAGUUCGAUCCUAAUGCGGUUCAAGGUAUUUGGGCGCCGGGCAUCGACGACGCGACUUGCGCGAGAGUCAACCACAAAUUUCGACUUAUUGCCAUUGGGAGAAAGAAUUCUCAAGUAGAUGUAUUCACGAUAGACGAAGUGACGGGGGGACUGGAACUCUCUCAUACGAUGGUUCUCAGUUCCAAAGACUUCCCAGGUGACCCUGGACCUGUUAAAUGUAUGAGAUGGACAGCCGAUGGUCGUGCGGUAGCAGUGAGCUGGGAACGCGGCGGUGUGUCCGUCUGGAGUACCUUUGGAGCGCUACUUAUGUGUUCGCUUGCUUGGGACCAUGGGCUCAACCAGGAUCUAGGCAAACAUAACCCGCUUGUUAUAUCUAGUCUGGAAUGGGCGACAGAAGGAUAUCAGUUGUGGAUGGUGAAAGUCGAAGGAGACGCAAGCUCCAAUCUCAUUCAGUUGGACUUUGUCAAGAGCCCGCUUAGCGUUAAUCCUUGUAUGAGCACCCAAAGGCACCUCUACCUCCAAGCCGACGACAAACUCUAUGUAAAUCUAGAGGAUAAUCUCACAAAAAAAACCAAAAUCUCCAUCAUAGACUCUUCAGCUGAAAGUUAUCAGGAGAAUGGCGUGGAUCAACCGAAUUUAGAGUUCGAAAACAGUACGAAGUACAGAGAAUUUGUGGAUGAUAAUGAAUGCAGAAAACAAUGGAGCGUGUUGCCGCUGCCCGCUACUUACAUUGCCACUAAUUGGCCUUUGAGGUACAGCGCAAUCGACGAAGCGGGCAUGAACGUAUGCGUAGCGGGUCGAACGGGCUUGGCGCACUACAGCGGCGCGUCGAGACGCUGGAAGCUCUUUGGCAACGAAGCUCAAGAGAAGGACUUCGUCGUCACUGGGGGCAUGCUGUGGUGGCGCGACUACAUUGUUAUUGGUUGCUACAGCAUAUUCGACGGUCACGACGAGAUCCGUUUCUACCCGCGCGAGUCGAAGCUAGACAAUCGCUUCGCGAAGAUCGUCCGGGUACAGUCGCAAGUAUUCGUGCUCGACAUUUUGGACGACCAAUUAGUCGUGUUCGGUGCGGACGCGUUGGUUACCAUUUACGAACUCAAUUGUGUUGACAAUGUGGGCAACGUGGAGAUGCGGUGCGUGCAAGCUGUGGACGUGUCUGCAUUGUCUCAUCCAGCAUGCGUGGUGUCCGCGGCACUGUGCCGGCUGCAGGACUCGCCGCGUGCCGCACGAACCUCCACCGUUGUAUUAUACACACAAAGGCAUCCUGACUCUUUGGUAAUAAACGCUAGUGGAAGAUUAAUGAUGGUGCAAAGAGAGGAAUACGAUGUUGACGAAGAUAACAAUCCGGCUUACAGUUGUCUGCCAGCAACAGUCCUCGCGUCGUGUGUGGAAAGCGUCUGGUCAUGCGGCAACUCGUCGCCAUCACAAACACAACUCUCCAGAGCUCUAUGGCUGUGGUGUGGGAGCUUAGGUGCCAGAGUAUGGUUGCCACUAUUGCCUAGAGAUGCAUCACGACACCCAGACACGUCAAGACAUACUUUCAUGGCUAAGCGAAUCAUGUUGCCGUUUCAUCUUAAUAUUUAUCCAUUGACAAUAUUGUUUGAUGACGCCAUUCUUCUGGGGGCUGAAAACGAUACGACGCUAUACGCUUCUGACUCCAGCUCGAUGUUUUCACUGCCCUUCUGUGUUGUUAACAAGACGAGUCAAGUAUACCUCCAUCAAAUUCUAAGGCAGCUUUUGCGACGCAACCUCGGGUACCACGCGUGGGAAAUCGCACGAUCGUGCUCGCAACUGCCCUACUUCCCACACUCGUUAGAAUUGCUACUGCACGAAGUUCUGGAAGAAGAAGCGACAAGUAAAGAACCUAUACCGGACGCGCAACUGCCCAGUAUUAUCGAAUUCGUUCACGAGUUCCCGGUUUAUCUGCAAACAGUAGUACAAUGCGCGAGAAAAACAGAGAUUGCGCUAUGGGCGUACUUAUUCUCUGCCGCCGGAAAACCUAAAGAACUGUUCCAAGAAUGCUUACAGAAGAAAAUGCUCGACACAGCAGCUUCCUACUUAAUUAUUUUACAGAACCUAGAGAGUUCUACAGUAAGUAGGCAGCUAGCGACGCAACUUCUGGACACAGCACUUCAGGAAGAGAGAUGGGAUCUUGCCAGAGAUUUAGUACGGUUCCUUAGAGCAAUAGAUCCUAACGACGUGGAUUCCCCGCGCAACUCUGUGAACGUGCAAGCGAAAUACGGACAGAUUGUCCAGUCGCAGACAGUCAGCCCCAACGCUGAAGACCUGUCCGUCAUAUUGGGAAAUAUGCAGAGUUGCGUGUUGUCGGCGCAGCUGGCGGGCGGGCGCGGGCGCAGCUUCAGCACCACGGUAUCUCCCAGCGAACCAGCUCCGCCCCCGCCGCCGGCCCCAGCGCCGCAGCCGCCCGCGCGCGCUACCGCCGCCGUCAAACGCAAGAAGUCUGUGCCCGCGCGCUCCGAGAGAGACUCCUACAGCGGCACAGCCGAAGAGUUCUUCAUCGAUAUGAUGAUCCAAAGACACGCGCGCCAUCUAUUGUCAACAGCGCGACUACAUUCACUGGGCAAAAUGGCGUGCGCAUUAGAUUUACACCUCGUAGCUUGGUUAGCAGGAGAAAGAGAGCGAGCGGCAAGAAUUGACAGUGCAGUGAUGUGUGUGAAGAGGUUACACGAAGAUUUCCAAUGGCCUUAUCCUGUUGUGAAAGUGUCCGAGCCGUGUAUGCAAAGAAAGGGCAGCACUGUUACUAGCUCCUACACACCAUCAGCGGAAUCGGACAGCUUGUGUGGGGACAGUGGGUACAUGAGUCUGCCUCUACGUGCUGCACUACCAAUGACUGCUGGUGCUCCAAUGUCGCCAAGACCUGUUAGCUCACUGGGCGAAAGCAGCGUGGCCGAGGGCGGUGCCGUGGCGUGGGACGGCGGGGGCGCGGGGGAGGAACGCCGCUACGCCGCGCUUAUGGAACGGCUCCACCACCACCAGGCCGAGAGGGGCUCGCACACUGCGCAUGUGCAGCUGCGCUACUUCCUACAACUGAUGAACGAGGCGAGCUGCGUGGAGUGGGCGCUGGUGCUGGCCGUGGUGCUGCGCGACGCGCUGGCGGUGCUGCGCACGACCAACGCGGCGCGCGCGCAAGACGUCAGCCUGCCGGCCGUCAAGCGCCUCAGGGCCGCGCUGCAGGACAUCUGCGCUUGGACCGACGCCGAAUGCCUCGGCUACAGACCAUUUAUGUUGGCCAUAAGCAACCAGAUACCCUUCUUGACAUCGAUCAUCAACACGCGCGAACGACGAAUGUCCAUGGUCAACCCCAGAGUAAGAACAUCGAGCACAAGUUCAUUGAACCUUGACUCCAAACCGACGACUCCUACGGAGAAGUUCCCCCCACCGCAAAAGGUUCAAGAAGUCACCAAACAAGUAAGAAAGGACUCACCAAAAACAGUUCAGGAAACUGUAAGUACUGCUGUUGUUAGUCCAACUAGGGCACCACCUCCGGUUAGAGACGACGUGUCUUCUGGUUGUAUCUUAAUGUAAUUUCAAUAAGGUCCUUUUUAGCACAGUUCGUAGGACUUAGGCUAUCGUAUGACAUAUGACAGGUCAUGGAUAAUUUGUUUAAUGUAUUAUAAAGUUAAUUUUAACCCAUGGUGCCUAAAAAGGUAAAUGAUCAUUUUUCUUUAGUUUUAUGGUGACAUGAGUAUCUUAAUAGCUACAUUCAAUGAGGGCUCUUUUUAAUUGGUUAUUGCUUUGGUUAGCUGAAUCGACCAAACAACUUUUAAGAUUAAAUUCGGUACACUUGGUAUCUCCAUCUUUUCUCUAAUGCUUG